AUGGCUCGGAGAACUUUAUUACCUAUUGCUGGAGCGUUUUUAGGGCUUGCUUCUUAUUAUUCACUAGAGAAAAAAGACCCAAUAUUUUCAUUUUGAAGACAUAGACAUCAUAAUCAAUCAAAUUCUACAGAGCCAGUAUUUCUAGAAGGAUUUAGGAACUGAAAAUCGGUCACUUUUGUGGAAGCAAAAGAGUUAUCUCCAGACUCAAAAAUGUUUAUUUUCAGCUUAGGUGACCCUAAUUUACAGCUAGGUCUGCCAUUAGGCCAUUGCAUUGGUUUUAGAGCUAAAAUUCCAACUAAAAAGCAUCCAGAAGGCGAAAUAAUAAUGCGAGCCUAUACCCCAACAUCUAAAAUUGACCAAAGAGGAACAAUAGAAGUCCCAAUAAAAAUUUACUAUAAAAACGUCCAUCCAAACUUCCCAGAUGGUGGCUUAAUGACCCAGUACUUGGACACUCUGAAACCAGGAGACUUAUUAGAUAUUUGUGGACCGAAAGGAAAAUUAACGUAUUUUGGUGAUGGAAAUAUGGAUAUUAAAGGAAAAAAUUAUAAAAUAAAAAAUCUUGGUUUUGUUGCAGGCGGAUCUGGAAUUACACCUUGUUUUCAGCUGAUUCAGUAUAUUAUUGAUAAUAGUGAAGAUAUCAGGUUGUCAUUGAUUUAUGCAAAUCGUACAGAAAAUGAUAUUCUUCUUAGAGACAAGCUAGAUGAGUAUGUAAAAACAGGGAAAUUAAAGGCUUAUUAUACUCUUGAUACUCCUUCAGAGACAUGGGAAUAUGGAAAAGGAUUUGUUACUCAAGAAAUGUUACAAAAACAUUUGCCAGGUCCUUCAGAAGAUACUCUAAUUUGUUUUUGUGGUCCUAAGCCUAUGAAUAAAAUGCUUAUAAAUCAUCUGCAAGAACUGGGUCACUCCAGUAGCCAUUUCUUUAAGUUUUAA